CUAAUUGCUUCAUAACUAUUGGUCGAUUGCUCAAUUUUGAUUGAAUUUGAACCUAUCAUACGCGAUCAUUAGUAAUCAUUACAAUCUGUAAAAGGGAACAAGCUAAAACUGUGGUAUAUAAAGUGACUGCACAUAAUAUUGAAACUUUUGAAUAUUUUACUUUAAAAACGGGUAGGCCGUCUUUACUUUAAAAGUGUGCAAAAUAAGUGAAAUAAUUAUUGCUUUAAAAUAGACACCCGUGCCGUGGUUCGUGUUAUAAAAUUCAGAUAAAAGUUUGGUUAGGUUAUCACUAACAUGGAAACUAAAGCAGAUUUUCAGUACCCGCACACUUUUAUAUUGCUGGGUGCAUCAGGAGACUUGGCAAAAAAGAAGAUUUAUCCAACCAUUUGGUUUUUAUAUCGUGACGACCUUUUACCAGAGAAGACAAAAUUUAUUGGUUAUGCACGCACCAAACAGACUAUGGCAGAAGUUCGCCAGAAAAGCGAAAAAUAUAUGAAAGUGCGUCCCGGAGAUGAAGAAAAAUUUGAGAAAUUUUGGGCUGCCAAUGACUAUCAUGCAGGUUCCUAUGAUAAGCGUAUAGAUUACGAAUUGCUCAAUCAACUCAUUACUAAGCAUGAAAAAGGACCUGUAGCUAACAGGAUAUUUUAUUUAGCUGUGCCGCCGACUGUGUUUUCGGAUGUUACUGUAAAUAUCAGAAACGCCUGUACGUCAAUAAAAGGAUACACCAGAGUUAUUAUUGAAAAACCCUUUGGCAGAGAUGACAUUUCUUCCAACAAAUUAAGCCAGCAUCUUGCGGGUCUCUUCAAGGAAGAGCAGAUCUAUAGAAUAGAUCAUUAUCUUGGAAAGGAAAUGGUACAGAAUUUGUUGACUAUUCGAUUUGCUAAUUCUAUUUUUGACCCCUCAUGGAACCGUGAAAAUAUUGCAUCGGUUCUGAUUUCAUUUAAGGAACCAUUUGGAACCGAAGGCAGAGGUGGAUACUUUGAUGACUUUGGCAUCAUAAGAGAUGUUAUGCAAAACCACCUUCUUCAAAUCCUAUCUCUUGUUGCUAUGGAGAAACCAGUGUCAUUGAAUCCAAAUGACAUUAGAGAUGAAAAAGUGAAAGUAUUGAGACACAUUCGUCCUAUACGUAAAGAAGACAUAUUGAUAGGCCAGUAUGUUGGUAACCCUGAUGGACAAGGUGAUGAGAAGUUAGGUUAUUUGGAUGACCCCACUGUUCCUGAUGGUUCAGUGACACCAACUUAUGCUUUGGCGGCAUUGUGGAUUAAUAAUUCCAGGUGGCAAGGUGUGCCAUUUAUCUUACGAUGUGGUAAGGCACUUAACGAGAGAAAAGCAGAAGUAAGAGUGCAGUAUAAAGAUGUGCCGGGAGAUAUAUUUGACGGGCAUGCAAAGAGGAAUGAGCUGGUACUAAGAGUACAACCAGGUGAAGCAGUGUACGUAAAAUUGAUGUCCAAAUCUCCAGGAAUGAAUUUCGAUCUUGUGGAAGCUGAACUGGAUUUAACUUAUAGCUUGCGUUAUAGAGAAGCGAAUGUGCCUGAUGCAUAUGAAAGAUUAAUUUUAGAUGUCUUCAUGGGCAGUCAAAUGCAUUUCGUACGCAAUGAUGAGUUGACUGAAGCUUGGCGUAUAUUCACACCUAUCUUAAAAGAAUUGGAAGAGAACCAAGUGAAACCUAUUCCUUACGUGUUUGGAUCUCGGGGUCCUCAAGAAGCAGACAGCAAAUUGAAAGGAUAUGAUUUCAAGUACUCAGGUUCCUACAAAUGGGUCAAACCUGCUCUUCCUUAAUGCUAUAUGCUAUAUACAUUAUUUAUAUCUCCUGGGUGAUGGCUUCCUACUACUUUUGGUGAUAUUUUUAUUGCGGUGAAAGCAUAAUAUGCAUUUAAUAAUGUUAUCAUUCCAAUUUUGUGAAAACUUACGUAUUUAUGUUCUGAGGUUAUAAUAGAACAAUAAGGUCAUUGUAAGGUCACACAAGAGCUGCAUAAUUUGUAUAAAUGUCUACACACUGUUAUAUAUUUAUAAGUUGACAUGUUUAUAAUGUUACAUAAGGUUGUGGCAAGUGCCUUAUCCAAGUAGAAUUAAUAUAAUAGUUAUUCCUCAUUGUUGAACAAAAAUCUGUGAUAUAAUCAACUUCCAUUGUAUUGAAUUUUAGUAAGAAAAGUUUUAGUAUUGUUCUUAUAAAGUAAAUUAUUGUAAUUUUGUGGUUCUUUGAAAAAGGCCAAUUUAUUUAAAUUAAAUAUUUUGUUAAUUUUAUCUGAACUCAAAAAUAGAUAUGGCUAUAAUUUUAGGAUUACAUUAAAGAAACAGUUUUUCAAAUUAUUAUCAAAUGCAAAAGAUAAUUAUGUAUAAACAAUAAAUAAUACUGUUAAUAGUGUGUAUCUAUUAAGUACUCAAACAAUUUUCUAACUCCUAAGUUAUAAUGACUUAACAUUUAUUACCUAAUAACAUGAAUUUGCAUAUCUGUGGAUGAUGAAUCUUUAGAUAAGUUUUAAGUGGAUAUUAUAUUGCUUUUAGAGAUAAGUAAGCCCUACUUUUAAGAAUUGACAAUUUGUACUUUAAUAUUUCUAGGUACAACUACUUUUGUAAGCUGUACAACAGUAACAGUAAUAAAUAUCUACUUUUAUA